GCAAUAGCAGCUGAGCAGCCAACUACACCUACUUCCACGAUAACAGCCUUGACAACUCCUUCCUCGUAUGCUCAUAAUAUAAAAACAGAACUUCACAAAAGAGAGGAUAAUUCCACUUUUAUAUUACCGGAGACAUUUUUAGUGCUGGAUGGAGAAAAAACGUUGAUGACUGAACCAUUCUCAAAAUUACAGGGAUUGGGGAUGAUAAGAACUGUCGCAUUAACGAGCGUAGAUUAUUGCCGUGGAUAUUAUUUCGAAUUCGUAACAAAUGGUCGUAUUGAUCGAUGGCCAAAAUAUAAUGAACUGGUUACCUUGGAAGGUGGAAGAUGUCUACAACCGUUGAAUGUGAAUCUUGCUAUGUUUAUGAGUGUCGUUGACACAUUGAUCGCUAUUGCAUAUUAUACGAUCCCCUUACAGUUGAUGUAUUUCAUGAGAAAAGCACCUCGCCUUCCAUUUCCUUCCGUUUUCGCAUUAUUCUCCGCAUUUAUAAUCCUUUGUGGAACUACUCAUGUUAUUGCUGCGUGGAUGCCAUGGCGCCAAACUUAUGUGCUUUCGGCGAUAACCAAGGUCGUUUGUGCUUUUGUGUCCUUAUUUACUGCUGCAGCUUUGACGGUCAUUAUCCCGAAAGCACUCGAACUACCAUUAUUGGCCGCUCAAUACGAGGAUGAAAUCACGGAGCGUCUAAUCUCGGAAAGAUGCCUUCGCGACGAAAAUGAAUUGAUGUCCAAUUUUAGACGCGUGACUCAUGCGAUACGCGCAACUCUUUCAAAGGAAGUUAUUUAUCACAAUACAGCUUCUCAAAUUUGUGGGAUUCUUGAAGCGGAUCGAUGCCAAAUAUUUAUGUCAAAGGCACGAGUGGAAGGCUGGCGAUGUGUAGCUGACUAUAUUCGCGAUAAACAUAAACAAUUUCAUACAGACAUCAAUGUGCAAUUAAAUCCUGAGAGUGAAACUGUGAAUAUCGCAAUGGAGGAAAGUCACGCGUUAAGUUUAGGAAUUAAAGACACGGAUCUUUAUGAUUUAUAUCUGGAUGGAAAAUACGACGAAGUUGAAAAGGUCAUUCUUGUUCCCAUCUCAAUUUCCGAUAAUGAAUAUGGAAUACUUGUAAUGCAGCGAUUAGGCAGAAAUAUUUCAUCGCGUGAAGAAUGGGGACACAACACGCUAACGUUCUUGGAAGAUCUUGCCGAACAAAUUUCAAUUGCUCUGGCACAAGCUGAUCUGAUUGAACAGGAUAAGGUCCGCAUUCAUCAAUUGGCUGAACAAAAUGAGGCAUUAAUACAGGCUAGAAAAGAAGCUUCUGCGAUCCAGGCCCAUCGUGAAUUUCUUGCAGUAAUGUCACAUGAAAUGCGUACUCCACUUUAUGCCAUAUUUGCGUUAACAUCGAUGUUACUCGAAAUGCCUGAUCUAGAAAAUCAAGAGAUGGCAGAAAUACGGGAUUUACUAGAGAUUAUCAAAAAGAGCGGGGACAUGUUAAUUGCUAUAAUAAAUAACGUAUUGGAUUUCUCGAAAUACGAAGAAGAACAUCUUCAUCUGGAACGAGUUCCAUUCUGUGUUCAAGAGGCUGUCGAGACCUCUGUUGAUAUGGUAGCGCUUCAAGGACAUGGGCGAGAUUGUUCCCCAAGGCCACGUAUCAGUUAUCUGAUUGAGAGAGAUGUACCAGUUAAUGUUAUUGGUGAUAUGACGAGAUUCCGACAAAUUAUUGUCAAUUUGUUGUCGAAUGCGUGUAAAUUUACGCCUGCGGAUGGUGAUGUAAUCAUAAAAGUUGGUUCUUCAUAUGCUAUGCGAGACGGCGAGCGUAAAGUUUGUGUAAAGAUUGAGGUUUCGGAUACUGGAAUUGGAAUAUCGGAAGAAGUAUUGCCUCGAUUAUUUGAAAAGUUUUCACAGGCCGAUGCAAGCAUAACACGUCGAUAUGGCGGAACAGGUCUUGGGUUAGCAAUAGUACGUAAAUUAAUUAAACUUAUGGAUGGAGAGAUUAAAGUGGAAAAGAAUACAGAUGCCGCCAAUGGCACAAAAAUGGUUUUCUAUGUACACCUGGAACCCGAUCCAAAUUGUCCCCCAAUGCCAAGUUUAUCUCCAUCACAAGGAGAAAAACAAAUUUUCAUCGUGGAAAAACAUCGCACAAACAAAAUGGGAUUUAAUCAAUUGUUACGACAAUGUGGCGUUGAGAAACCUGCCCGAUUUUUUGGUAGUCUCAAAGAUGUGAUAGAAAGUCGCGAAAAAAAGCAGAUGGAUGCGCUAAUUAUCGAUUUAGAAUUAUUAAUAGAGAAUCGCGAAGUGGAUAGUUUUAAACAAGGAAUUAUUGAACAAUGGGUAGAUGUACCAAUUAUGAUAUCUGUAAACCCUUCGUUACAACGAGCAUCGCGAGCAUUGAAAAUUGAUGGUAGGAAUAUAAUAUAUUCCUCGUUACCUGUCAAAUUUAAGACAAUGCUCAAAUUUUUGAAGUGGGAAUUGAAUAAUGGUUAUAUGGAUAAUGUCCCUGCUACUAUAUCUUUAACAAUGGAAGAUUAUUCAUCAACUACUACAACUAUAAAUAACAUUAUGGGAAUUAAUGGUUCGGAUAAUUUAUUAAAUGGAUGUUAUAAUUAUCGAGAUUCCAAUCCAUUUAAAGGUAAUCAUGCUAGACGUAGCAGCAUUAGUAAUAAUAUGGUAGAAUUUAGGAAAAUUGAAAAUGGAAUAAUAAAUCGCAACGUUUCUGAUGACGAAGGAAUGAAUUUAAUUAAUUCUGGAGAUUCAACUAAAUUCUCCAAGAAUUUAAGGGUUAUUAAACAUCGACGUAAUAAAUCUGCAUCGGAUGAGUUUAAUGCGGAUAGAAUUUUAGAUUUUAAUGGAGGACAUUUUAAACGAAGACACAAUACUGCUCCAAUUCCAAAAAAAACAAUUACAAAUUGUGCUGCUAUUAAUAAUAAUGCUACAUCUUCUGGGACGAUGGAAAAUAGCAAUAAUGCUUUUGCAUCGAUCGCUGGCGGAUAUAAUAAUCGGUUACAGCGAGUACCUUCACCUAUCACAAUACCAAAUGAGAUUGGAAAUAAUCCUUUUGGGAGUAAUGGAGGAAGCAAGCAGCCAUCUAAUUUUAGUCAGAAAUUGAUUAAUCCUUUUCCCAUAAUCAAAAUAAAUGAUGAGCAUAAGAAAAAUAGUGAUGACAAUGGUUAUGCUACAACAUCAAAUAAUGGAAUUGUAGGUGUGACAGCAUGUACAAACGUAAACGGGGAGACAAUCUUGGAUGGCGAACUGCCAAAGAUGGAUAUUCUUAUUGUGGAAGACAAUUCGAUAAAUCAGAUGGUCACCUCGAGGAUACUGGGCAGACUUAAUCAAGCAUGUGAUAUUGCUGGUGAUGGAAAGACUGCUAUUCGGAAAUGUGAGAAGAAGGAGUAUGAUGUUAUUUUUAUGGAUAUAAGUAUGGCUGACAUGGAUGGAUGCCAAACGACAGAGCAUAUUCGAAAUAUAUGUCGAGAUAUGAGGCGACCUUGGAUUAUAGCACUUACAGCAAAUGCAUUAUGGCACGACCGGUUACGUUGUAUAGAAUCAGGGAUGAAUGAUUUUGUCUCAAAACCAGCAAAAAAAGAGGAUUUGCGUGACGCGUUACUAAGAUAUCUUAAUCAAUUGAAUAGCAUAAUAAAAAAUAGCUAA